AUGGCUGCAAGCAAUUAUUUUGGCUUUUCACAUGGUGCCGGUCAGUACAGCACUCAGCCGCCACAGGGAUACUCUCACCCAUCUACGGGCAGUUAUAGUGUCCAGCAAGCUCCUGCUGUAGCUCAAGCUGUGACUGCUGCAUCUUACUCUGCACCACCAAUACAGGCAGCGCGUCAAGUUGCCUCUUCUCCAUACCCUACGUAUCAAAGCCACCAGUCCCUUCCAGAGUAUACCUACAGACAGCCUGAUCCCCCUGCUCCCCCUCAGCCCACCACCACACCGCAGCCAUACCAGGACAGUUACAACUAUGCUCGCCCGGCUGCUGUGACUUCCUAUGAGAAUAAACAAUACUAUCAGACUAGUAACACCACAGCACAAAGGACUGCCACAGAAAAUUACUAUCAAACAGUGGGAGUCAAAAGUGCCUACAAUCCUAUACCAAGCACAGUGUAUAGCCAGCCACCUCCUCCACAGAGCAUCCACCAGUGUCCAGCAGCCCCCAACCACAAUUUCAUCCUACAGCUUAGGUUCUUCUUUCAGUCCCACUGCAUCAGCCACAUCUUAUUCAGGCAUUAA